UAAAGACACACCUCAGCGAUGUUGUUGCAGCUGCGCCAACUGAUCAGGAGUCUUGUACAUUAGAUUACAGAUCCCUCCCGAUCCCGAUCCUGAGAACAGAACCAGAGGAAAACUGCGUGUUUUUCACCACGUUUAUUUUCUUAUUUCGCCGAAGUUCUGUGUUUUAUUGCUCAGUGCCGAGCGCGAGCGCGCGCGCGCGUAAGGAGACAGACCGGCUUUGUGCGUUUUGUGAGUAUUAGUCUGUACAAUGGCUUGUUUGCGCAUGGCGGUGUGUUGCACUUGUGUGUUUUUGCUCCUGAUACACACUUCGACUCAGAGCUGCAGUAAAGACUUUAAAGCCCAAGGAGGCUUUGUGUUGAACACCGCGGACAGUGUGGCGGACGGAGCGACUUACCUCUCCAACCCCAGCGUCGGGACACCGGAGGCCUGCGUGAGCGCGUGCUGUCGGCACUCCCAGUGUAAUCUGGCUCUGAUAGAGACAGGACCGGAAGAAGACCGAAUCAAAAACUGCUUCCUGUUCGACUGUCUUUACCGAAAUCAGUUCGUCUGCAGCUUCUUCAAGAAAUCCGGAUUCAUUACAUACAUCCUGGACGCGGUUUACGAGAGACACCUGCGUGGUCCGGGGGGCAAUUCUGGAGACGAGGAUAAACAUCCAAUAGCUGUCGCAGGACCUGAUGUUGUGACCAGAGCUGGAGAAGAAGUUGCUUUGAACGGCAUUGAAAGCUGGGAUGACAGAAAUAUCACCAAAUACGAGUGGACACUGCUGAGUGGAAAUCGUACUGUUGUGAUUAAGGAAACACAGUAUGUAGAUCAGAGACUGCUGCUAAAUCUUCAGCCUGGAGUUUAUCGUUUUCAGCUCACGGUCACUGAUUCAGCUGGACAGUCAGACAGUGCAUCAGUCACCGUGCUCGUCCUCACACAAGUGCAGUCUGAGGUUCACUGUUUGAACCCGAUGAAGGUGGGUCCGUGUCGUGGCUCUUUCCCUCGCUGGUAUUUUAACGCUGCAUCAAAUGUGUGCGAGUCGUUCACAUUCGGAGGCUGUAAACAAAACAACAACAACUACUUGUCACAGCAGGAGUGUUCAGAUGCCUGUAAAGGCACCACAGUGAUUCAUGGGAGCAGAAAAAUUAAAACAGAAGUGUGUAACUCUUCGUGUGAGGAAGGUCAGUUUGUGUGUUCCAAUGGCUGUUGUAUAGACAGUAGUGUGGAAUGUGAUGGACAGCCACAAUGCAGCGAUGGAUCAGACGAAGAAAACUGCCAACACAUGAACAGGACUUUGUCUCAGUUACUGGAGAUCAGAGUGAAUGAUGUGAAAGCUCGAUGUGUUGAUCCUCCUGUUACUGGGCCAUGCAGAGCGAGCAUGCCACAUUGGUUUUAUGACCCACUGAAACAGACUUGCUUCCGCUUCACAUACGGAGGAUGCGCCGGAAACACAAACCGAUUUGGGAAGAAAGACGACUGCAUGAACGUCUGCGCAGGAGUGACGGAAAGUGAUGUCUUUGCAAAAGGGCUGUUUGAUCGAGUGGAAGAAGUCAAGGAACCUCACAAAGGUUCUGUUGCUACUGGAAUCCUCAUCUUGUUGGUGGUCUUGGCUGUAGUUGGUCUGGCUGGUUGCUAUUUCAUGAGAAACAGGAAGAGGAAGUCAGAGUCUCAGCGCGUUCCAACCACAGCAAAUACACCAGUAGCUGUAACUGAGGAUUCACACACAGUGAUCUAAAUAUGUAUA